GAAGUAUAUAAAGCGGUGGGGGAGGGGAAGACGGGUUAGUUAGGGAGAGGUGGCGGCGGUGCAACUGGAAUUGGUACCCGCAGGAGGCGUGGAGACCGGUCCUCAGAUAGCUAUUGAUUGAACAGCCUCCUGGAAGCCAUGUCCACCCCAGAUCCGCCUAUGGGGGGGACCCCUAGGCCUGUCCCUUCCCCGGGGCCAGGCCCUUCGCCUGGUGCUAUGUUGGGGCCUAGUCCUGGACCAUCCCCUGGAUCAGCGCACAGCAUGAUGGGGCCAAGCCCUGGGCCACCGAUCCCACCUCAAGGACCUGCUGGAUAUCCUCCUGAAAGUAUGCACCAGAUGCAUAAGCCCAUGGAUUCCAUGCAUGAGAAGACUAUGCCAGAAGACCCACGUUACAACCAGAUGAAAGGAAUGGGCAUGAGGCCAGGUGUUCACUCUGGCAUGGGACCUCCACCAAGUCCGAUGGACCAACACUCUCAAGGUUACCCUUCACCUCUGGGCAGCACAGAACAUGUACCAAGCCCUGUGCCCUCUAAUGGCCCACCACCAGGACCACCGCCGCUGCCUUCUGGGUCAGUUGGGGUGAACAUGGAGAACGCUGACCCUCAGCAGCAGCAGACAAGCCGCAGCCCAACCCCCUUUAACCAGAACCAGCUGCACCAGUUGCGGGCGCAGAUCAUGGCUUACAAAAUGUUGGCCAGGGGUCAGCCGUUACCUGAUCACUUGCAGAUGGCUGUGCAAGGCAAGAGGCCCAUGCCAGGCAUGCAGCAACAGAUGCCAACUCUACCUCCACCUGCAGCUUCCGGCACUGGCCCUGUACCUGCCCCAGGACCAGCGCCACCCAGCUACAACAGACCUCAUGGAAUGGCCGGGCCUGCCAUGCCACCCCCAGGACCAUCAGGGGCUCCUCCUGGAAUGCCAGGCCACCCCCCUGGAGCACCUCCCAAACCCUGGCCUGAAGGUCCCAUGGCCAACGCCGCUGCUCCAGCCACAGCACCUCAGAAGCUGAUUCCGCCACAACCAACUGGUCGCCCUUCACCUGCGCCUCCUGCCGUGCCACCUGCUGCUUCUCCUGUUAUGCCACCCCAGACACAGUCCCCCGGUCAGCCAGCCCAGCCCCCACCAAUGGUACAAUAUCAUUCCAAGGCCAACCGUAUCACUCCUAUCCAGAAACCCAGAGGCCUGGACCCAGUGGAAGUGCUGCAGGAGCGGGAGUAUCGACUCCAAGCACGCAUUUCACACAGGAUCCAGGAGCUGGAGAACCUCCCGGGGUCUUUAGCUGGUGACCUUAGGACCAAAGCUACAAUAGAGUUAAAAGCUCUGAGGCUUUUAAACUUUCAGAGACAGCUCCGACAGGAAGUGGUGGUCUGUAUGAGGAGGGACACUGCCCUGGAAACUGCUCUGAAUUCCAAGGCUUACAAACGCAGCAAGCGUCAAUCCCUACGCGAGGCGCGGAUCACGGAGAAGUUGGAGAAGCAGCAGAAAAUUGAGCAGGAACGCAAGAGACGGCAGAAACACCAGGAGUAUCUGAACAGCAUUCUGCAGCACGCCAAGGAUUUUAAGGAGUUCCACCGCUCUGUAACAGGGAAGAUCCAGAAGCUGACAAAGGCUGUGGCUACGUACCAUGCCAACACAGAGCGGGAGCAGAAGAAGGAGAAUGAAAGGAUUGAGAAGGAGAGAAUGCGCAGGCUAAUGGCAGAGGAUGAGGAGGGCUACAGGAAGCUGAUUGACCAAAAGAAAGACAAGCGCUUGGCCUACCUCCUGCAGCAGACGGACGAGUAUGUAGCCAACUUGACGGAGCUGGUGAGGCAGCACAAAGCAGCGCAGGUACUGAAGGAAAAGAAGAGAAGGAAAAAGAAAAAGAUGCAAGAAAGCACAGAAGGUCAGCCUCCAGCACUUGGACCAGAUGGAGAGCCUCUGGAUGAGACGAGCCAGAUGAGUGACCUACCAGUAAAAGUCAUCCACGUGGAGAGUGGGAAAAUCUUAAUUGGUGGAGAUGCUCCGAAAGCCGGGCAGUUGGAAACCUGGCUGGAAAUGAAUCCAGGAUAUGAAGUCGCACCUAGGUCAGACAGCGAGGAGAGCGGCUCAGAGGAGGAGGAGCCUCUAGCCCCAGGCAUCCUUGUAGCUGUGUCCUAUGCCUUACCUUCCUCCCAGGAAGAGCCAGAGGAGCAGUCGGUGCCUUCUGUCACCACCCUUCCUGCAGUGGAUGAGAAGAAAAUUCCUGAUCCGGAUAGCGAUGAAGUUUCGGAGGUUUAUGCUCGGUCGAUUAUCGAAAGCGCCAGGCAAGACGUGGAUGAUGAGUACAGCAUAUCGCAGGCUGAAGCAGGGCUGCGCUCUUACUAUGCUGUGGCCCAUGCCGUAACUGAACAAGUAGACCAGCAAUCCACCUUGCUGGUGAAUGGUAUCCUCAAGCAGUACCAGGUCAAGGGCUUGGAGUGGCUGGUCUCGCUGUACAAUAAUAACCUGAACGGAAUCCUCGCUGAUGAAAUGGGUCUGGGGAAGACUAUUCAGACCAUUGCUCUGAUUACAUACCUCAUGGAACACAAGCGCAUCAAUGGGCCCUUCCUCAUCAUAGUGCCGCUGUCGACACUGUCCAACUGGGUGUACGAGUUCGACAAGUGGGGACCAUCUGUGGUGAAGGUCUCAUACAAGGGAUCCCCUGCUGCUCGCCGCGGUUUUGUUCCACAGCUGCGUAGUGGAAAAUUUAAUGUCCUCCUUACUACGUAUGAAUACAUCAUCAAGGACAAGCACAUACUGGCCAAGAUCCGUUGGAAAUAUAUGAUUGUAGAUGAAGGUCACCGCAUGAAGAACCAUCACUGCAAGCUGACACAGGUUCUCAACACUCAUUACAUCGCCCCACGCCGCCUGCUUCUCACUGGGACGCCACUGCAGAACAAGCUGCCAGAGCUGUGGGCCCUUCUGAACUUCCUGCUCCCGACCAUCUUCAAGAGCUGCAGCACCUUUGAGCAGUGGUUCAAUGCUCCUUUUGCUAUGACUGGAGAGAAGGUGGAUUUAAACGAGGAAGAAACCAUCCUAAUUAUUCGCCGUCUCCACAAGGUCCUACGCCCCUUCUUGCUGCGGAGGCUUAAGAAGGAAGUAGAAGCUCAGUUACCAGAGAAGGUGGAAUAUGUGAUUAAAUGCGACAUGUCCGCAUUACAAAGGGUCCUUUAUAGACACAUGCAGGCUAAGGGUGUUCUCCUUACAGACGGUUCAGAGAAGGAUAAAAAGGGUAAAGGUGGUACGAAGACGCUCAUGAACACCAUUAUGCAGCUAAGGAAGAUCUGCAACCACCCGUACAUGUUCCAGCACAUAGAGGAAUCCUUCUCUGAGCACCUGGGUUUCACUGGAGGCAUUGUGCAGGGGCAGGACCUCUACCGGGCCUCUGGAAAGUUUGAGCUUUUGGACCGAAUCCUCCCCAAGUUACGAGCCACCAACCACAAGGUUCUGCUCUUCUGUCAGAUGACCACACUCAUGACGAUCAUGGAGGAUUAUUUUGCUUAUCGUGGCUUUAAAUACCUCCGAUUAGAUGGAACCACAAAAGCAGAAGACCGUGGGAUGUUACUCAAGACGUUCAAUGAGCCGUCAUCUGAAUACUUUGUCUUCUUGCUCAGCACUCGUGCCGGUGGAUUAGGUCUUAAUCUGCAGUCUGCAGACACCGUUAUCAUAUUCGAUAGUGACUGGAACCCCCAUCAGGAUUUGCAGGCUCAGGAUCGCGCUCAUCGCAUCGGACAGCAGAAUGAGGUGCGCGUCCUGCGUCUGUGCACCGUGAACAGCGUGGAGGAGAAAAUCCUGGCGGCAGCGAAGUACAAGCUGAACGUAGACCAGAAGGUCAUCCAGGCUGGGAUGUUUGAUCAGAAAUCUUCCAGCCACGAGAGGAAAGCAUUCCUGCAAGCAAUCCUGGAACACGAGGAGCAAGAUGAGAACAUGACAUCCAGCGUUAACGAUCCCACAUUCGCCCCGCAGGAGGAAGAUGAGGUACCGGAUGAUGAAACUGUAAAUCAGAUGAUUGCAAGGCAUGAGGAGGAAUUUGAUUUGUUCAUGAGAAUGGAUCUUGACAGACGGAGAGAAGAAGCCCGCAACCCCAAGCGCAAACCACGACUGAUGGAAGAGGACGAGCUGCCAUCGUGGAUCAUUAAAGAUGACGCUGAAGUUGAGCGCCUGACCUGUGAGGAAGAGGAGGAGAAGAUGUUUGGACGAGGCUCACGUAGCCGGAAGGAAGUGGACUACAGCGACUCUCUCACAGAGAAGCAGUGGUUGAAGGCUAUCGAGGAGGGUACACUGGAAGAGAUUGAGGAGGAGGUACGUCAGAAGAAAACAACCCGUAAGAGGAAACGAGAUGUGGAUCCAAGUAUGUGUACUCCAACCACGAGCACACGCAACAGGGAGAGGGAGGAUGACGGAAAGAAGAAGAAAAGAGGACGACCUCCAGCAGAAAAACUCUCCCCCAACCCUCCGAAUCUUACCAAGAAAAUGAAAAAAAUUGUAGAUGCGGUCAUUAAAUAUAAGGACAGUGGCAGUGGACGCCAGCUGAGUGAGGUUUUUAUCCAGCUUCCUUCCCGUAAAGAACUCCCAGAGUACUAUGAAUUGAUCCGCAAACCGGUGGAUUUCAGAAAGAUCAAGGAGAGGAUCCGGAAUCACAAGUAUCGCAGUCUGAAUGACCUAGAAAAAGAUGUCAUGCUGCUUUGUCAAAACGCUCAGACCUUCAAUCUGGAAGGUUCUUUGAUAUACGAAGACUCCAUUGUGUUACAGUCCGUCUUUACCAGUGUUAGGCAGAAGAUUGAGAAAGAGGAGGAGAGUGAGGGAGAUGAAACUGAAGAAGAAGAAGAAAUGGAAGAGGAGUGCUCGGAAUCGGAGUCUCGCUCGGUCAAGGUGAAAAUUAAACUAGGUCGGAAGGAGAAGAUGCAGGAUCGUAUGAAGGGGCGCAGGCGCACAAGCCGAGGAUGCAGGGCCAAGCCGGUGGUCAGCGAUGAUGACAGUGAGGAGGACCAGGAGGAGGAGCGCUCAGGUAGCGGCACCGAAGAUGACUGAGAUACUUCCUGAACAUUCCAAUAAAUGCCAUGUCUCAUUCCACUGCGUGCCACCGGAACGCCUAUUCCACCCUCUACCCCACCCCCGACGAACCCUUCUUUCUUUCCGUAGGACGCUAACGGGUAGCCUGAAAUGUAGUGUACAGAAGAAAUUCUUCCAUAUUUAUAUAAAUGAGGAGUUCUAGGGACGUUACCGCCUGUAGCAUCUUCUAAAAGCAUUAACUAUCUGGCCGAACCACUAGGCCUCUCAGGAUAGGUUCAAAGGAUUAUGACUUUUGAUUAUAUAUAAAUAUUUUUUUUUAUUAUGGCAGUACUGUUUGAGUUAUGGGACUUGCUGUAGUGUCAGCCGUGGAUGCAUGCAGUUAGCGAUCCACUCAUUAGUACUGUAUUUUACAAAAAAGGUCAAAAUAAGCCGUGUUCCCGCUCCCACGCUGCACAGGGCUUGGGCUGGCAGUGGUAGCUGUAUGUAUGUGUGUCAGUGUCACUGGAUUUCAAGCGGUUAUAAAUUAAAACAAGAUAAGAUACCUCGCCCAGAUUGACUUGUAUCUUUUUGUACACAUUUAUGUUGUGGGACAAAAUGUAAAUAAAAGUAUGAGGUUCUCCUAAAGAAGGAGUUGGGAAUCA